AUUGGAGGAUGGAACAAAUGAAAGAUAUAUAUAUUGUAUUUUAACUUUUAUUUAGAAUAAUUAACAAUGAAUGUUAAAAAAGAAAUAUAAUUUUUAAUCAUUUAAAAUCAUUUAAAAUAUUUUAAAUAAUUUUAAUGUUUAUUUCGUGUAAACCCGAAAUGACUUAGUCAUGCGUUUCGUGUCCUUUCAUGCACAUGAAACAUGGAACCGCUAGAGGGCGUCCCUGAUUCAGUGACUAUAAACAGACGUCAACCUUUGAAUACUUUUAAAAAAGACACAUUUAAAAACUGACAUGUCCUCUAAAAGCGUAUAGAAUUUGAAACGCAGAUGCAUUUUGUGAAUAUAGAAUAAUAAAGGUACAAACCAUUUCUUUUUAAUCCUUUUUCUUAAGAAUUCCAGGUAAAUGAACACUAAAGCAGGUAAGUACCUGUAACUGUUUACAGUAUUUUACAGUGAAUGGUUGCAUUUACUUCAAGUGCAUUUAUUUAUUUCUACAGCUACAAUUUAGUUUGGCAGCCUGCGUCCCCAAGAGCUGAGCCCAAAUGUCUGUUGCCAUGGAUACCACUGUACGCUGACACCACAGAAUCCGUGUAGGCUUGUUGAAGAUAUAAUUAAUAACAAAGGUUACCUUUUGGGGGAUCACUAUGUCAAACAUCAUUUUUCUGCUACUAGCUUCCCAGUGUGCGCGUGAGCCGAGGAAAACAUUUUAACAACUGCUACAUUUAUCUUUUUGACAUGCAAUUUGCUCUAAAUAUGUUUUCCUGCUUGCGGAUGAGAAAUUUGCCUGUGGAUAUUAGCUUGGAAAUGAAUAUCUUUUUCCUUUAUAGCCUUAUGCGAAAGUCACAAUGUUAACACGGAGCUACAUACUUGUAAUGAUAACCCAAUUCACUUUGAAGUACACGCUACAGUCUGAAUUCUAAUGCUAACUUUGAACACUUUAAGCUAGUUGAUGAGGCUAACUGAAGAUUUUCCUCGAUAAUUAUGUUAAUUUCCUCCCCUUUUUAUUUUUAUUUUUUCCCGUUUAAAAAGAAGCUAUUAUGCGAACGUCACAAUGCUAGCUUGAGCUAAGCGAAGCGCCUGCAUAGUAUUGGAGAUAAAUGCUACAAAGUGAUGUUUUUCUUCCUCCCACCAAGAUUCAGAAAGAUCAUGAUGGCGCCCCCUGCACUGUGACAUGUGGAAGAUAUCUCAGAUGUCGUCUGAUGGUUUUUGGACUGGACCCGAUACCAGUAACAACCUUCAUUUGGGCUGAGGAUUAAGAUUUUUUUUUAGGUCUACCACUUGGCUUUUUUGUUCCAUAACCAUCAGGAUCAUUCCAGAAGCUUAAAAUGACCGUCUUACUGUGUCCACACUCAGCAGUGAAGGCUAUGCUUCAAAUUUGAAGCAUAGUGAACCUCCUUAAAAUCCAACUUCUCGUCAGGAGUAGGGUUUUAUAGUGGAAGUUGUGCUGAACAAGCCUCUGUGUGCUGGCUGUGAAGUGUCAUGUCAGAUCAAUGCUCUUCUAUAAGCCACUGACCUGGAAAAUGCUGAAAAGCGUUGCUUGCUCUGCUAUCGAUAAGCAUUCUAAUUAAGAGCAGCACCCGGAGUGCAAUUGGUGUUAAAACUCACAAAGAUAGUGUCUGGGAUUGUGUAAAAAAAAAAAUGUCUUUCUCGUUCAUCACAAAUCCGUAGGGGAGCCUAGAAUGUGUCUGUGGAUAUGAAGAUUGGACGUGCGUUUGUGGGCAAACACGAAAUAAUGACUGAUGGCUUUGUGUGGCUGACCUAAUGAGACACUUUUGCUCUGUGCAUUAAAUUUUAAGUCACGGAUGGCCUUGCCUGACAUGGCAGAAUGUUAUCCUGGCAGUGAAGGAGGCCAUCUGUUCAGCCUAGAGUGAAAAGUAUUGAAUUUCUUCUAGGUCAGGCUUGCACAAUAAUGAGAGCGAAUUGGGUGAGAACUCUUUAAAAUUGGUGUUGUUCAGUGGGCCUUGCUUUGUGUGUCAGUUGCAGCAUCACUGACCGACCAGCAAGGGAGGCCGGCAUCAAACCCAUGGAUGAGACUGGCAGAUCCGUCCCACCGGGAAGUAAACUGGUCUCACAGUCUUGGGUUUCCUCCACGCCCUUGUGCCCCAUUUUCAACAAUGAUCAGGCCUGGUUAGAGGAACUCACUGGCUACUCUGCAAACUCUUCCAGCCUUGCUUCCAGUUGUUGUGUACCAAGUAGCAGCAGCGAGUGCAGGAGCAGUUUGGACAGCUGGAGCGCAGAUGUGACCUCCCUUCUUCAUAGCUCAAUCAAGAAGCAAAGCUGCAAGGUCUUUCAAAGCAGAUGUAAAGAAAAGCCAAGGUGGCCAGCCCAUCCAACCAGGGAUGAACACUUCAGAGCACAUCCAGCGCCACAUAUUGGAUGCUAUGCGUGGUCUGACAGGGGUGGAGAGCAUCAGGGGAGGGGCUCUGCUCACACCCAAGCUAGCGCAAAGAGAGGUAAACACGAGAAGCUGCUGGAGGGAAAGACUGAAGACAAAGUGAAGUUUUCACAGUUCCUGGACGAGGUGACAUCCAACGUGCUUGACCCAAACAGCUUGCAGGCCUUUGGGAAAACAGCUCAUCCCUCCAGCUCAAGUGGAGGUCAACCUAAAGACAAGGUCCAUACUCAGAGGAACCCAAGUCCGCCACGCUCUAUGGCCCAGCAGCAAGACUCCGCACUGGAACAGAAACCCUCGGUAACUGACCUUCCCGUGAAGACCUACCUGGAGACAGACAUAGACAUUGUGAGAAGGGACGACCAGGCAGCCGAUAUGGACGACAAACCCGACCCGACACCGCUGUUACUGAUAGAUGAUCAAAAUCUGAUUCCGCCUCCUCCAAAUUUCUGCCAAGGAUUUGAAAUGAAACGUUUUCUGGCAUCGAAUUACGGCUCCAGGUACCCCCACAGAUCUACUUCGUUACCCAGAGGCAUCAACAUGGUGUGUGAUGAUGACAUGAACCACAUAGACACCAUCAGCUCGUUGCUGGAGCAAAAAGAAGACUUGAGGAAGCGGCUUUCCUACACGACGCACAAGCUGGAGUUGCUGCAGGGUGAGUUUGAUUCCACACGUCAGUACCUGGAGACAGAGCUGCGGCGUGCACAGGAGGAACUGGACAAGUUUACUGAUAAACUGCGCAGGAUCCAAAGCAGCUAUUCAGCACUGCAGAGGAUCAACCAGGAUCUGGAGGAGAAGAUUCACAGAGAUUCGCAGCACCAUGACGACGAGAAGCGAGCGCUGAGUCGAGAGAUCAUCGUUCUCAACAACCACCUGAUGGAAGCCAAGCUCACCAUCGAGAAGCUUCAAGAGGACAAUGACAUCUACAGGAAGGAUUGCAACCUGGCUGCUCAGCUUCUCCAGUGCAACAAGUCUCUUUACAGAGCCCAGCUUUCUGAGCUUCCUGCCGACUUUCAGGAACGACUGACCAUGCACAUGGAAGAGUCGCCUCUCUGCCGCACCUACUCGGACUCCGUCCCCGCCUCCCUCAUGGGAAAGGUGAUGGAGAAGCCUGAUGAAGUGUGCAGCAGCAGCCAAGCCUCACGCUCCCCCAGUCCUCAAACCCCGGAUCACGCUUUCAUUUUAGAGAGCCUGGGCCAAGGAGCUCGCCUGGGUCUGAGAGCGGCCUACAAAUCCGACCUUUACAGCAGCGACACGGCGCUUUACUGCCCCGAUGAGCGGCACCGGGAGCGGCGUCCCAGCAUGGACCUUCACGGUCAGAGGAAGCUCCUCUAUGGACCGCAGAAUUCUACCGACAGCAACCCGGAGGAGGGCUCAGUGGGGUUAAGGCCCGGCUUCACACAGGAGCACUUUGCUAAGUUCUCCACCAUGGGAACAGGAUCCAGCUCCUACUCCAGCUUCAGCGGAGGAGGCUCUGAAGAUAAAGGCAACGGCCCACCAAGCAGCGCUGCUUCCUCCCCACGCCAUCACACCCUCUACAUGGACUGGAGAGAUGCGGGGGACUAUGAGAGGAAGAGCGACUCAUCCUGGGAGAGAGAUAGUCCAAGAACCUUCGCCAACAGUCAUCCAUUCCAGCAGACCGACUUGAGCCACCAGCAGAACAGCAGCUCGCCCGUGUACAGCCGCACCAUGUCGUCCUGUUUCAGUGAACCCUACGAGCCUCUGCCACCAUCUUCCUCCCCGAGCGUCGCCUACGGAGACAGCCGUCGAGGCAGCACUCUCGCCCCCGAGGAAGAGGAGCUCAUCGGCAGAUGGAGGCAACUCAGCGCGGAGGACUUGAGUUCCCAUUCCUACCGCAGUCCGGGCAGGGCUUCACCUUACAGCUUCUCAGAGCAGCACUUCUCCGUGAGGCCGGCCAAGAUCCGCCUGGGACCGCUCUACAGCAGCUUCCAGGAAGGGGCCGAUUACUACCAUCAAGGGGUGGGCGCCAUGCAGGAGCAAGCGUGGGCGGCUGCCGGCUCCAGCCCGGAAUGCAGCCCGGGGCUCCGCCAGGCUCACAGCCAAGCCCACUUGUACGCAGCCGAGGACAGCCAAGGCUCGGAGCACAGCCUCUACCAAUCGGGAAGCUCCAAAGACAGAGAGGGCAACGUUGCGUCAGGAGGUCAAAGCGUGGAUUACGGCGACCCCAGCCCGAACAGCUCCACCGAGUCCCUCAACCAUCGCUCCAUGGAGAUGGCUGCCGAUCUUCAGCACUACCCAGAAGUCACCUCCUCACCGCCGCCGGCUCCGCCCCCUCCACCGCCUUACCACCAAAAAUUCGGCUCUCUGGGACUCUCUCGGAAAGACAGCCUCACCAAGGCUCAACUCUAUGGAACGCUCCUCAACUAACGGAGCUCGCGAACAACGGGAAUCGAAGCCAAGUGGAUGUAUCGUCAACAUGUGACUGUAAAGUAAGAGGCCUGUAUACAUUUGUACCAAUGUGUAUGUAUUUCAUAGUAUCUAUACUUCUACCUGGAAAAGGAUAUAUUUUCUAUGUAGCCAUUCAAAUGAAACAUCUUAGUAAACCCGGAACUUGUACGUAUACGUUCAAAACUACCGAUAUUGGACACAUGCCUGUACAAACCUAAUCACGCAGUCCAUUGGUAUUGAUAGUAUUGAUUGGUGUUUUAUAUUGUCAUUCAUGGAAUGUUUUGACACGUGGACAUCAAUUUAUAGGAAACCGUUUUCUUCUAUUUCACAUUUUCCUGCACCGCCGUCCCGCCCCCUUUCUACCUCACAAUGCUUUCGUUAAAACAAUGCAUGUUGAUAUAUUUUAUGUUGUUUUACUCACUCAAUAAAGCACAAA